AUGCUGUCAUUCCAUAUCCCGAGCGCAGUGCCGCUGGCGUUAUGGGCAUUCUCCAGGGCUGCCGAGGCGGCGUACUCAAUAGACACUCGAGAUGAUAUUCUCACGACGGCCAGCACACUCGCAUACGAUCUUAUGAAGUUUUACGAAGGAAACAAGACGGGAGAAAUUCCCGGCAUCUUGCCAGGACCACCAGAUUCGGGCCAAGGUGAUUACUACUGGUGGCAGGGUGGCGCCAUGAUGGGAACAUACGUCGACUACUGGUAUUACACGGGCGACGAGAGUUACAACCACGUCGUUACAGAAGGCAUGCUCCAUCAAGUCGGAGAAGGCCGCGAUUACAUGCCAAGGAACCACACCGCCUCUCUCGGCAACGACGACCAAGGAUUUUGGGGCAUGACGGCGAUGCUCGCAGCAGAGAACAAAUUUCCCGACCCUCCGGAAGAUAAACCACAGUGGCUUGCGCUCGCACAAGCUGUCUGGACGACUCAGGCGGACCCGGAGAGGCACGACGAGACAUGUGGCGGCGGUAUGCGGUGGCAGGUUCCCAGGACUAACACGGGUUACGACUAUAAAAACACAAUUUCAAACGGGUGUUUCUUCAACAUCGGUGCUAGACUCGCGCGCUAUACCGGCAACGAUACGUAUGCUCGCUACGCCGAACAGACAUGGGACUGGCUAUGGGCGGUAAACUACAUCGAUCACGAGAACUGGCGAGUCUACGACGGUGCUCAUGUGCCGAAGAACUGCACCAACAUCUUCAAGGCAACCUUCUCAUACAAUAUUGCCGUAUUGAUGCAAGGUUGUGCGUUUUUGGCGAACCAUACGGGAGAGCAGAAAUGGUUUGACCGCACCGAAGCCCUCGCAAACCGCGCCAUCGAGGACUUCUUCGCCGAUGGCGUCGCAUACGAAAUCCCCUGCGAAUUCGAGACCGGCCGCUGUUCCCAAGACAUGCUUAGCUUCAAGGGAUACGUCCAUCGCUGGAUGACUGUAGUAACACAACUCGUACCCUCGACCCGCGACCUCAUCCUUCCGGUCCUGCGCAACUCCACUCUAUCAGCCAUCAAGCAGUGUACCGGCGGUGCCUCGGGUCGCGCCUGCGGAUUCUACUGGAACAAAGGCGUAUUUGUCGACCCGGCUGUCGACAAGACUUCUGGCGCGGGCGAGGCUAUGAACGUGUUGGCUGCGGUGCAGAGUCUGCUGGAAGUGGCCCCUCCUGCUACGAAUACCACUGGUGGCACCUCAAAGGGCGACCCCAAUGCGGGAAUGAACUCGAAUCCGUUCAAGGAGUUUGAUCCCCUGACUACCGGUGACCGUGCUGGCGCCGGCAUCUUGACGUUUGUGGUUCUCUCGAGCGCUAUUGGGAUCUGGGUUUGGAUGUCGCUUGGGUAUCAAGAGUGGACAGAAGGAGAGAAGGGUAAAGGGAAAGCUCCCCCUAUGACUGAAAAGGUUGAUAACUCGGUGGAGAGUGUAGCACCGGCGAAAAUAGUCAGCUCGCAAAGCUAG